AUCGUGGGAGGGAACUUUUCCGCCCGGCUCUCCGUGUGUGUGCGCGCCCCUCCAACCAACAUCUCUAACACCUGUCCUACUCCUUUCCAUCUCCUUCUCCCGCCCCCCCGAGUCCGACGAACACGCCUGUCCGUCCUCUCGAGAUCCUCGGCGCGGCGCCUCACCCUCCACCGAUCCCUCGACCGUCCGCUCCAGCGGCCAACGUUGCCCACCAUGCAAGCUCCGGUGCUGGUUAUGAACACCCAGAGCGGUGAGAGGCAGACCGGAAGGAAAGCUCAGCUGUCCAACAUUGCCGCCGCCAAGACCGUCGCCGACAUCAUUCGAUCAUGCCUGGGCCCCAAGGCCAUGCUCAAGAUGCUGCUCGACCCCAUGGGCGGCAUCGUCCUGACCAACGACGGCCACGCCAUCCUCCGAGAGAUCGAGGUCUCCCACCCCGCCGCCAAGAGCAUGAUUGAGCUCAGCCGGACGCAGGACGAGGAGGUUGGCGAUGGAACCACGACCGUCAUCAUCCUGGCUGGCGAGAUUCUCGCCCAGGCUCUCCCCCAGCUCGAGCGCAACAUCCACCCCGUCGUCAUCAUCUCAGCCUUCAAGCGCGCCCUCCAGGACGCCCUCGAUAUCAUCGACGAAGUAUCGCUCCCCAUCGACAUCAACGAUGACAAGGCCAUGAACCAGCUCAUCUCCUCCUCCAUCGGCACCAAGUUCGUCUCGCGGUGGAUGGAGCAGAUGUGCGACCUGGCCCUCAAGGCCGUCCGGACCGUCACCUGGGAGGCUGGCAACGGCAAGACCGAGGUCGACAUCAAGCGAUAUGCCCGAAUCGAAAAGGUCCCCGGCGGCGAGAUUGAGGACAGCAAAGUUCUCGACGGCCUGAUGCUCAACAAGGACAUCACCCACCCCAAGAUGCGACGACGCAUCGAGAACCCUCGCAUCGUCCUUUUGGACUGCCCCCUGGAAUACAAGAAGGGAGAGUCGCAGACAAACAUUGAGAUCACAAAGGAGGAGGACUGGAACCGUAUCCUGCAGAUCGAGGAGGAGCAGGUCAAGAUGAUGUGCGAGGCCAUCAUCGCCGUCAAGCCUGACCUUGUCAUUACCGAGAAGGGCGUGUCUGACCUGGCCCAACACUUCUUCAUGAAGGCCAACAUCACAGCGCUGCGCCGCGUGCGCAAGACGGACAACAACAGAAUAGCCCGUGCCACCGGUGCCACCAUCAUCAACCGAGUAGAAGACCUUCAGGACUCCGACGUCGGCACCCGGUGCGGCCUGUUCGAGAUCGAGAAGAUUGGCGACGAGUACUUUACCUUCCUCACAAAGUGCAAGGACCCCAAGGCCUGCACCGUCCUCCUGCGCGGCCCGUCCAAGGACGUGCUCAACGAGAUCGAGCGGAACCUCCAGGACGCCAUGGGCGUGGCUCGCAACGUCAUGUUCCACCCGCGACUGUCGCCCGGUGGUGGUGCCACAGAGAUGGCCGUGUCCGUCAGGCUCGCUCAGAAGGCUAAGGGCAUCGAGGGCGUGCAGCAGUGGCCGUACAAGGCGGUGGCCGACGCCAUGGAGGUCAUCCCGAGAACGCUGGUGCAGAACGCCGGCAAGAGCCCGGUGCGCGUGCUGACGGAUCUGCGGGCCAAACAGGCCGAGGGCAAGAGCUCGUGGGGCGUCAACGGCGACACUGGCACCAUUGUCGACAUGAAGGAGUACGGUGUGUGGGAGCCGGAGGCUAUUAAGCUGCAGAGCAUCAAGACUGCCAUCGAGGCUGCGUGCCUGCUGCUAAGAGUGGACGACAUCUGCAGCGCCAAGAAGGCGCAACAAGGCGGCGCGCCGGGUGUCGGUGGUGGUGAUGAUUAAAGGGAUGUCACGAAGCCGAGUGGCGGGGGCUGUUGCGAAAUGGGACGAUGGUGGAAGACUAGCAUGAGUGUUUGCUCUGGUCAUACCCCCUGUACUACGACAAGCGGACGAGACGGAGAAGAGAGCUAGACCACGCGGAGGACCCAAAAUAGACAAGACUAACUAGGGCUUCAGUACAAGCCACCUAACUCAACGUAGAGUGGAAUGCGCCGGCAUGUGAUGUUAUGGGUAUCAUUGUAUCAAGGAACGCUCAAUAUCGAGAAUAUAUGCUAGCUCGCAGC